GUAGUGUUGCUGGCUACAGUUUCAGUAGCAAAGGACUAAUCCAUUUUCACUAUGUAUACUUGGACUUGACUGAAUACUCUGGGUUAAAAUGGGCGUCACUGUGGAACAGUUGGAACCACGUAACUUGAAAUAUCUAGGAGUCAACCCAACCCAAAUAGUUUGCAUCUAAACAUUUUGUGAGCAAGGCAGAUAAGGCGGUCUUCAGACUUCUCCCUAUUCAGUGUUCCCAUCUAUUUUAAAUUAUACCUUUAAACCAAGCUGCCAGAUGGUUCCUAGCAAUGUCUUGCUUUGCAUACAAGUGUGCUUUUAUUAUGUAAUCAUGGAUCAAAAUAAGUGCUGUUCUGAAUGUAGGAGAUAACUAUUCAUUGAUCAGCAAGCUGUAUUUUCUGACAGUUUACCAUCUAAGUUCCAGAAAAAGCAAACAAAAAUACGUUUAUGGUUUUCAAAAGUUUUACCACAGAAGCUAACAUGACACUUGCUGUAUACUGGAAACUAUUCCGAAAUUAUCUCGAGUUUUCAUGCACAAAACAUCUUGUACAUUGAUUUCAUGGAGAAUAAACUAAGAAGAUCAUAAAUAACUUGCCAAGGUCCCAUCAGAGCAACCUCUGUCCUUCCCACAUUUGGUCCAUCAUGCCUAUUUAAAGGACACUUGAGCACCAAAAGUAACGCUUUUUGCACUGACUCCUCCUCUCUCAGACUAAGUACCCUCCAACUGGUCAAGAAUCACAUGGCUGUUCACUAUAAUAAAAUCCUUUCAGCCAAAGCUGCAGUAGACUGCUCAGUUCCACUAAGCAUGAGUGCCAGCAUCAAAUAUGCAGACCAACAACGAAGAGAGAAACUCAAAAAGGAAUUAGCAAGGUGUGGAAGGGAGUUGAAAUUUACUAAGAUUACAGUGCAUUCUAAAAGUCAUUGCAAAUCCUUACUUAACACUCUACAAAAGCCUUCAGGAGAACCACAGAAUGAAAACGGCUUAAUAAUCGAAGAAGUGAAUGAAUUUCCAUCUUUUACACGGUCACCAGUAACUUCUUCCGAGAGACUAAGUCUACCUAAGUCUCAGAAGGUCCUCACAGAUUGUACUGAGAACUCCAGCGGCUCCAUGUCCAGCAUGGAUUACGCUGCCUCUGGGUCCAAGAAACCGUCCUCUGGAACCUCGUACGGCAGAGGGCCCAGGGGCACAUUCCCCGGUUCCCAGAAGUUUCAGUUAGUAAUUUCAAAAGCACCCAAUGGGGACCUUUUGGACAAACAUUCUGAACACUUUUCUAACAGACAUUUGCCAUUCACCCCACGCACUUUAAAAACAGAAGCCAAAUCUUUCCUGUCACAGUAUCGAUAUUACACACCUGCCAGAAGAAAAAAGAAUUGUACCGAUCGGCGGAUAGAAGCUGAAACUCAGACUGAAUUAAGCAGCUUUAAAUCUGAUUUUGAGACAGUUGAUAUCAAGAAUGCCACAGAUUCAGAAAUGAACAUAAGACAGGCAUCUGGCUGUGUGUCAUGUGGAACCAAAGGAGGAAUAACCCCUUUACCUUUACAAGGGCGUGAGUUAUCGUGGGACAGGAUUAAAGACGGCGCCCUCCAGUGUUCCUCAUCAAGGGCAGUAUGUCAAUAUUCACUGCAGCCUCCUUCAGGGAGAAAAGCGUAUUCUGAUGAAGAAGAACUGUUGUAUCUGAGUUUCAUUGAAGAUGUAACAGAUGAAAUUUUGAAACUUGGUUUAUUUUCAAACAGGUUUCUGGAACAACUGUUUGAGAGACAUAUAAAACAAAAUAAACAUCAUUUGGAGGAGGAAAAAAUGCGCCAGCUGCUACAUGUCUUAAAGGUGGACUUAGGCUGCACGUCCAAGGAAAACUCAGUAAAGCUAGACGUCAUGGAUAUGUUGCAUUUACGUGAUGUUGAAAAGGCUGAGAAUUCAGAACAAAAUGAAUAUAAAAGUGAACAAGAUUUAAUCAUUCAACAGGAACGCCAGGAAUACCAAAAAGCUUUGAAUAUGUUAUUGACUAUACCGAAGGAAGAGAAUGAGAUCGUCUCUUCGAAUGAAUUUUUUCUCCCGAUCUAUAAAUCAAAGUAUUCAGAAGGGGUUAUCAUUCAACAGGUGAAUGAGGAAACAAAUCUUGGAACUUCAGCCUGGGAUGAGAAAAAUGCAAGCAUGUCAGACAGUUUACUAGACCAGGAGACCUCCGUGAGCGUCAUCGAAGGCGACAGCGACGCUGAGAAGGCCGAGACGCCCACGGAGCCGUGCUGCCUCAGCACGGAGCUCGUGCCUUCUGCGCAGCUGUGCGGAGCCCGAGACAGGCAGGAGCUGGAAGGACCAGCCCUGAGGAUCAUGGAAAUGAGCGCCGAGGACUGACCUUGGCUGUCUGACCUGCACUAAUAAACAUCCCAGAUGGCCAGUCAUUCACUAUUCCGUUUACUUUUUUUACUUUUAUAUGUUAAGAGCUCUGUAUUUGUCUUCUAUGUUGUAUAAUAAAUUACUAUAAAUUUAGCAGCUUAAAACAA